GCCGAGUCAUAAAGUGUACAAAAACAUGGCAUCAACUCCAAUAUUUUUAAUAUAUUUAACAUUAUUCUUAAGUAUUGCGUGCAUAGCAAAUUCAACGAGAGUAAUUUAUGUUAAUUUAAAGCCGCAACUAGUGGCUGGUGGAAUCAUCAUAGCCCCGCCAGAAAAAGUACAAUGUAAGGACAAUAGAACACCAGAUCGUUCACAAAGAUGCCGGCGUAUUAUUGAGUUUUAAUGGUUGCACAUUUUCAUUUUCCUUUUUAAAAAAAAUGUCAUCAGCACGUGUAUGUGCAACAUAAUGGACAUUAAGAUGGACUAUAAAGAUAAGGAGAUGAAUUUAAAAGCGGAAACAUCAUUUUUGAGUGAAAAUAAUGGCGACACUAAAAAAGAAAGCAUGAAACAACUUUUUUUCAAUGUGAAAUAUGCUUUUUUGCCUUCUGACUCAGUUGAUUUAUGUGAAAGUCAGUAAAUAGUGUGGUCAUAAUUUAAUAUCCUCUUCUAACACCUAGGCAGGAUUGGAAAUGAAAAACUGAAUUUAUGCAUUUGCAUUGUCGACAAUCGAGACAGAACAAGGAGGAUGU